AUGUUCCUCUUUUCCCAUAAGACCAAGACCCCCAUCAGCACCUACAGUGACUCCUACAGGGCUCCUACCUCCAUCAAGGAGGUCUAUAAGGACCCACCUCUGUGGGCCUGGGAAGCCAACAGGUUUGUGACUCCGGGCCUGACUCAGACUGUGCAGCGCCACGUGGAUCCUGAAGCCCUGCAGAAGAUGGUCAAGUGUGCUGUGCAGGACUACAGCUAUAAGAGUUCCAUACCAGGUCACCCCUACUUGCCUGAGAAAUACUGGCUCUCUCAAGAGGAAGACAAACGCAACCCAAACCACCUGUGCGGUAACCGGUAUAAUACAUGGAGGAUGGGACCUUACAACUGUACGGGCUGGAACAAAUGUGCCUCAUACCUUCCCCGGCUGCCUAAGGAGGCCGGGAUGGAGACAGUAGUUCGAGGAAUGCCCUUGGUGUACCCUCCUAAGCCGGAGCGACUCAACGCCUACGGUAACGGAUGGUGGGACAGUGGAGGGAAAUGGGUAGGCCAGAAGGACGGAGGGAUGGAGACCCGAGAGCGCGAGGUAGUGGUGAACAUGCUGAACUCGCUGUCACGGAAGCAGCCGCUGCCGCAGAUCACGCCCCGCUGCGGGUGUGUGGACCCGCUACCGGGCCGCCUGCCCUUCCAGGGUUAUGAAAGCGGUUGCUCGGGCCGCCACUACUGUCUGCGCGGCAUGGACUACUGCGUCGCCGGGCCACCCUGCACCGAACGUCGCCUGCGGCUUUUGCGCACAGAGCGGCCGACUGCAAGGACUGUAUUGCCCUGCAAGCACCGGCCGGGAAUGCAAUGUGCUGUUAUAACUCCCCCGCCGUCAUACUACCCUUGUCCGAACCUCAGAUGGGACACAAGUCACUUCAAGAAGACCGGUGGCCCCCAGAGAAACAACUAUGUCGUCCACCCUGAGUUUGUGUCCGAGACCUAUCCUGACUACCACUGCCGGUAG